AUGUCUUCUUGUCUUACACCACAUCCAUCACGUCUAAUCGAACGUUUGAAUGUGUCUAUUCUAACAAUUAAAUGGAUACGUAAAAAUUGUUUUAUAUUUGAAAAUAUUCUCUUCGAUGAAGACGACAACUUAGAAAGAUUUUCAGUGAAUCUCAAUAGAUAUCAGGCAAAGUUCAAUCGAAUCUUUCCUUUGACUUCACAAGUGAAAACGCGUUCAGAAUAUCUAACCAAGCUUCUCUAUGAACUCGAAUGUUUAACUAUUCGAUGUUCAGUAUGGUUAAAGAAUAAUUCAACAAAAGCCAUCCGUUCUCGAUUGAAACAUUUCGGUAAACGAUUAGAUAUGUUCAUUCAUUGGAAAGAAAAUGCACAGAAGAUGAAUGUGUCGAGAAAAUUUUCUACCGAAUUCUCGAUAUUUCAAACAAAUUAUCAACAAUUCUGUGUGCAGAUGGACAACAUUCAGCGUGAAUAUCUAAACCUAUUUUUUGAGAGUAUCGAAUUAUUUGCGAAGAUUAUCCCAACAGAAAACCCAGAGGCAUUUCGGUUUUCGCGACAAAAUAUCGAUAAAAGUCUGAAUGAGUGGAAAGAACAGAAUCGAUUUCAUAUUCCAUGGUUACCGGAUGAACAUCAGCAACCGAAAGAGACAGAUAUCGAAAUUAAAGUCAUUGACAACAGUGCAGGUGACCACGAAGCAAAAUAUGUGCACAAAUCAAAUUUAAGCUGGUCCUUCAUCGCCCCAGAAAAGGAAGAAGAACUUCCAAUAGUACGACCUGCUCAUUCUCAAGUAUCACCUGUGAUUAAAUCCGUACCGAUAAAUCGAGUACGGUUAGCCAUUGAAGCCAUUGAACGAAAUACGAAAACAUUUCCACGAGAGAGAAAGUCAUGA